AUGGAAGACCGUGUCCAAGACCUCGAGCAAAAUGAGGUAAUAACCACACAAGAAAAUGAAGAAAAUGACAACCUCAAGACGAACCACAUAGGGGAAGACAAUGCCAAAACCCAGGCAGUCAUCUCGGAGCUUGACAAUAAAAAGCGAGGGCUCAAACAGCGACAUAUUCAAAUGAUAGCCCUGGCUGGAACUAUCGGUACAGGGCUUUUUCUUGCAACGGGAAAAUCCCUAGCAAGGGGUGGACCACUAAGCAUGUUGCUGGCAUAUGGCAUUGUGGGAAUGUUAAUCUGCUGCGUGGUUUUCUCAGUAGCCGAGCUGAGUGCCCUGGCUCCUCUUUCCGGUGGCAUUAUACGACAUGCAGAAUGGUUCGUUGACCCUGCACUGUCCUUCGCGCAAGGCUGGAAUAGUGUCUAUGCGAAUGCCAUCUUGCUACCAGCGGAGAUGGUGGCCUGUGCUGUCAUCAUAGACUUCUGGUCCGACAUCAACCAUGCCGUGUGGAUUAGCGUCCUUGGUGCACUUUUGAUCAUUAGCAAUAUGUUAUUGGUUGCUAUCUAUGGAGAGUUGGAGUUUAUCUUUGCAAUGAUGAAGAUCGCUCUGAUCGUUGGUGUCAAUAUCCUAAGUAUUUGUAUUACGUCGGGUGCAGGUCCACAGGGGUAUCCUAUGGGCUUUCGUUUUUGGCGAGACCCUGGACCAUUUGUACAAUUUCUUGGUAUUCCAGGCUCAUGGGGGCAAUUCCUUGGUUUCUGGCGUGUCUUGAGCAGUGCGGCUUAUGCAUUUUCCAAUGUCGAGAACAUCUCAGUUGCAGCGGCUGAGACGCAGAACCCACGCCACAACAUUCCCAAAGCUGCCAAGCGAGUAUUUUGGAGAAUCUUGAUAUUCUAUAUGAUUACAAUCUUCAUGAUGGGUCUUAUCGUUGCAUCAAAUGACGAGGGACUGAUGUCGGAUUCUGGUGAUGCCGGGGCCUCCCCAUUUGCAAUUGCUGCCACCAACGUCGGGAUCAAAGUGGUACCUUCAAUUAUCAAUGCUGUUGUUGUGACGAGUGCAUGGAGUGCCGGGAAUUCAGCAAUGCUUGUUGGAACUAGGACGCUAUAUGGUCUCGCUCAAGAGGGCCAUGCACCGCAGCUCCUCACCCGUCUCAACCGAUUCGGGGUUCCUUGGUUAUCGGUUGCCGCCGUCGGAUCUUUCCUUGCCCUAGGCUACAUGACACUUUCAUCGGCUGCGUCUGUCGUUUUUGAUUGGCUUCAAGAGCUAGUCUCCGCUGCUUCCCUAGUACACUGGAUCAAUAUCGAAAUCAUUUACCUGCGGUUCUAUUACGGCUGCAGGAAACAAAAUAUCAGCCGCACUGAACUUCCGUGGAAGAGCCCCUUCCAACCUUACGCAGCUUGGUUUGCUUUGAUCGGGUUUAGCGUUAUUCUGAUUACCGGCGGAUUCUACAUUUUUAUAGACGGCAACUGGAGUCCUCAAACCUUUGUUUCGUCAUACUUCAACAUUCCGCUCAUAUUCAUCUUAUAUUUUGGAAAUAAGUUCUGGCAGAAGACCCGGCUUGUCCCUCUAGAUGAAAUCCCAAUUCGUGGAUUCCUCCAUCUUGCGAAUGAAAAUCCAGAAAACAUCCCGCCCCCAACAAUUGGAUGGAGAAAGUUGAAUAUCCUUUGGGGUUGA